AUGUUGCCGGGUGCGGGGGACAAUUCAAAUGCGUCGACGGGCUCCGAUGCAGGGCCCUCGCCAAAUGAGCACACUUCGCUUCUUCCAGAGCCCGCGGGCCAUGCGGCUGAGGCUGGAUGUGAGACUGGGGAAAAGCUCUCAUCGAGAGGUCAGGUCGUCGCCGAGUUUGGAGCUUUGUUCACAGGUUCGGUUCCCGUCAUUUUGGCCUAUACCUUGCAAAUGAGUCUGCAAACGGUCGCCGUGAUCAUUGUAGGCCGCUCGUCUCCCAUGAACCUCGCGGUGAGCGCCUUUUCGUUUAUGUUUGCCUUAGUGACCGGCUGGAUGAUUGGACUCGGGGGUACAACGGCCCUGGAUACUCUGGCGGCCUCGGCGUACACGGGCAGCGAGAACAAGCAUGCGUUGGGCAUUCUGCUGCAGCGAGCGUUCCUGGUGCUGGGUGGACUGUUCCUCCCUGUGGCGGUCGUGUGGGCCUGCUCGCGCCCAAUCUUCCAAGCGCUGGGUCAAGAUCCAGAGCUGUCUGCUCAAAGCGCUCGUUUCCUCACAUGCUUGAUCCCCGCCGGGCUUGGGUACAUCUACUUUGAGGUGAUGAAAAAGUAUCUACAGGCCCAAGGUGAGAUUGCGACGGCCAUUGCGAGGAGACGUCACUUGCUAAUCAACCGUGCGGCAGGCAUCAUGCGAGCAGGGACGUAUGUCCUGCUGGUGAUCUCGCCUUUGAAUGCUGGGUUGACCUAUUUCUUCUGCUACACACUUGAGAUGGGAUUGCUCGGUGCACCCUUGGCCGCGGACAUGUCCUACUGGUCGGCUUUUCUCCUGCUGGUACUUUACGCUCGGCUCGUGUCCGGGUCCGAAUGCUGGGGCGGAUGGUCCCGUGAGGCCUUCGACAACGCAGGCGCAUUCACGCGCCUGGCGCUGCUAGGAAUCCUGCAAGUUGGCAGCGAGUGGUGGGCGGCGGAGAUCAUGGCGCUGUGUGCCGGCAAUGUGAUCAUGACGGCCGAUCAAAUUCUGAACACCAUCCCCUUUGGCAUCGGUGUUACAACCUCCGCCCGGAUUGGAAACCUGCUUGGCAUGCGAGAUGCCAAGGGGGCUGCGCGAGCAGCCCAUCUGGCGGUGCUACUCUCGGUCCUGCUAGGGACGCUCGUAUUCGCCGUACUGAUGGGUACCCGGACGCGAUUUGCGAUGCUGUUUAACGAAGACCCAGACGUGGUCCGACUGACCGCCGAGGUCCUCCCGGUCGUCGCGCUCUUCCAGAUCGCUGAUGGCAUUUGUGGCAGUUGUGGCGGAGUGCUUCGUGGCACGGGGCGGCAGCAUCUCGGGGUUGCCCUGAACGUCCUCGGCUUCUACUGCUUUGCCGUGCCACUGGGAAUUGCGCUGGCCUUUCAUGGCUGGGGGCUUGGUGGACUGUGGACGGGACUCUGUAUUGCGCUGUGGAGCGUGGGGGCGUUGGAGUGGACGGUUGUGGUUUUCACUCGGUGGGAUGAUGAGGUGCGACGAGCCUUCCAGAGGAUGGAUUCGCCGAGAGUGGCGUAG